AUGGCGAGAACUUCUUGGCUGCUGCUCCUGAGCUCCCUCCUCACAGGGAUUGCUUCAGGGGCUGAACUGAAGAAAACGUACAUCGUCACGAUGCGCGACACACAGGCAAGCGGCCUCCUCCGCAGGUCUCUCAUCGAUACUUCUUUACAAUCUGUCUCCGCCGACCCUGCUGCGGUCAUCUACACCUAUGAACACACCAUCAAUGGGUACGCAGCAAAAAUCACCGAUGAUCAGGCCAACGCAUUGAGGGCACAGCCAGAUGUUCUCUCUGUUAGACCGGACAAGGUCUAUCACCUCCAUACGAGUCGUACUCCUGCGUUUCUAGGACUGCUUGACUCUGAAGCUCUGCUUGGUCGCAGCCCCGGCGUCGACACGGGCAUGUACCUCGACGCGCGUGACGACGUGAACGGCACAAGCGCCGAGUCAAACUUGGUCGUCGGCAUCUUUGACACUGGGGUUUGGCCUGAAAACCCAAGCUACAAGGACGAUGGCAUGCCUCCCGUUCCUUCUCACUGGAAGGGCGAAUGCGAAACUGGCCCAGACUUCCCGGCCACAAGCUGCAACAAGAAGCUUGUGGGCGCCAGAGCCUUCUAUAAGGGAUACGUUGCCGCUGUCACCAACGGAACUGGAGCUUUUAACUGGACUGGAGAAUCUCAGUCUCCUAGGGAUGACGACGGUCACGGAACACAUACUUCCACUACCUCUGCUGGUAAUGAAGUCCCCAACGCAAGCUUGUUUGGACAAGCCUCCGGUACAGCUCGUGGCAUGGCUAAGGAUGCACGCAUCGCCAUGUAUAAGGUUUGCUGGAAGGAGGGUUGCUUCGAUUCCGAUAUUCUCUCGGCCUUCGACCAAGCGAUCGCGGAUGGAGUGAAUGUCAUGUCUUUGUCGCUGGGCCCCGACCAGCCAAGCUUCAACGAGGAGGAGGGUAUCGUGGUUGGCAGCUACGCAGCCAUGAAGAAGGGAAUCUUUGUUGCCGUGUCGGCUGGAAACAGCGGCCCAGGACCCGGGACCGUCACGAACCUUGCCCCGUGGGUUUUGAACGUCGCCGCCAGCACGCUGGACCGUGACUUCCCUGCCCACAUCACACUCGGCAACGGCAAGAACUACACCGGCUUUUCUCUUUACAGCAACGGAUCAGUGACAGACAUCACGCCGUUAGCCGACGGAGAGGUGCUUCCUCUGGUUCACGGUAGUCAAGCGGGCAAAGGAAACGCCACAACAGCAUCGCUCUGCCUUGCGGGCAGCCUUGAUCCUGCCAAGGUGGCCGGCAAGGCCGUUGUCUGCGUCAGGGGCCAAAACGGAAGGACAGAGAAGGGCGGCGUCGUCAAGUCUGCUGGAGGUCGUGCGAUGGUACUUGUUAACUCCGAAACCGAUGGCGAUGGUACCAUUGCUGAUGCCCAUAUUCUUCCUGCUCUGCACCUUGGCUACUCAGACGGAUCUGAAGUUGAAGCCUACGCAAAGACGGGCAAUGGGACGGCAGUGAUCGACUUUGAAGGUACCAGAUUGGGUGUUCCGGCUCCUCUCAUGGCAUCUUUCAGCUCUAGAGGCCCCAACGUUGUGGUCCCCGGACUUCUCAAGCCGGAUAUCACUGGCCCAGGCGUCUCCAUCCUGGCUGGGUGGUCUGGCACCGGUCCGACCGGACUUGACAUUGACACAAGAAAGAUUGACUGGAACGUGAUUUCCGGUACAAGUAUGAGUUGCCCGCAUUUGUCUGGGAUUGCGACUUUCAUUCUUGCCCGGCGCCCUGAAUGGAGCCCUGCAGCUAUCCGGUCAGCCAUCAUGACUACUGCAUACACCACGACGAAGGGCACUCAGUCUCCUCUUUUGGACUCUGCUAACGACAAGGCGGCCUCUGUCUUCGAUUAUGGAAACGGCCACGUUGACCCCGUCGCAGCUCUGAACCCUGGCCUCAUAUACGACAUUUCUCCGGAUGACUACCUUGACUUUCUCUGCGCGGUCAACAGCACAUCUGCCUUUACCAGCGGCAUCACAAGAAGCAACUUUACCUGCGCCUCCAAUCAAACAUACAGCGUCUACGACCUUAAUUAUCCUUCUUUCUCUGCGCUUUACGAUAGUUCUACGAACGGGUCGUAUACUGCCACGUUCAAGCGCACCGUCACCAACGUCGGAGGUGCUGGUACUUACAAGGUUGACAUCUCUCUCACUGACCCCGCACUGGUCAAGGUUGCUGUCACCCCUGAGACUCUCACUUUCAGCGAGGCGGGCGAGAAGCAGAGCUUCGUAGUUUCCGCAACAUUGGGUUCAUCACCCGGUGCCGAUGCUAAAUCUCAAGGGAGGCUUGUCUGGUCUGACGGGACACAUGUGGUCGGAAGUUCGAUGGCUUUCAUUUGGGGUCGUCUGGCCAUUGGUAAGUCAAGUCCCCUGGAACGCCGAUUUUUAGUGCAUGCGAAUGCUCAACAGCCGCUAGCAUGUCUCGUGGAAGAUUCCUCCACCAAGCGGCACCUCCCACGGAAUUACGUUGAGACUUUAGAGGAGCGCAUUCAGCUUCUGGAAGGCAUGCUGCAGCAGCAAGAUCAAUCGUCUUCUGUGUCUGGGUUACCUUCCGCAUCUGUCAUCUCUGAGCAGUCUACGGAUACUCCGAGCGGUAAUCAGGGUGACCAGGAUGAUGCUGCUGAUCUUGUUUCCAAGGCAGGCAUCUUGAGUCUACAUGCUUCCGGUGCCGAACCACAAUACCUCGGUUCGUCGUCGAUGUUUUCGUUCUCCCGGAUAAUUCAUGCCUGCGUACGUCAGGUCGCACAGAGCAACCCUAAUGACCAUUUCGACUUGCACACGGGUGAGAUGAACUCAUCAGUAUCACCGUGCCGGCUACCACGAUAUGAAGUGGGACUGCUAUUGAGCAAUGCUUAUUUUGACAACGUUCAUUUGCAAUACCCAUUCCUGCAUGAACCUACGUUUAGACAGUGGGAGAGAAACGCGGCGGGACUAGGGUCAAAGUCUCCAACCCCAAGCGAGCUGUUUUUCGUCAACAUGGUUUACGCUAUUGGCGCGUUGUUGAAGUCGAAUCCCAAAUUGCUGUCACAGCAACUCUAUGCCUCAGCGCUAUUGCACUUGGAAAGUGUACUCUCACAGAAAACCCUUGAAUCCAUUCAGGCUUUGCUAUGCUGUGCACUAUUCUCUAUCAGGUCAGCUACUGGCCCGUCAGUGUGGAAUCUUUCGGGACUUGCUCUUCGCCAGUGCAUUGAACUUGGCUAUCACCGCAACGUCAAGAGGUUUCAUCUUCGGACCAACCUUCUGCGUUUAGAGUUGCGAAAGCGAGCCUUCUGGUGCGCGUAUCAGAUGGACUGCGCUGCCUCCGUAAAUCUUGGCCUCCCUCUCACUCUUCCGAUCCAAGAGGUGGAUGCCGAACUUCCUCUUGAUAUCGAUGAUUCUGCGAUAAGCGAAACAGAAGUCCAAGGGUCGCCAAGAACCUCACCAACGGGUCCUCCAACCACCGUCUCCCAUGCGCUUCACCAGUUUGACAUCAGAUGCAUUUGGGCGCGCAUCUAUGCUGUUUUCUACUCCAAUGUCUCGAUCGAAAACUCGGAUAAAGAGAAGCACCAACGCCAAGUGCAGACGUUUCGCAGAGAGCUCGAUGAUUGGAUGGCACGGACGCCUCCAGAGCCGCGUCGAGCAGCUGUUCCACUGACCGUGUUCUCCAACAUGGAAGACUACAAGUUGACCUACUACGAAACUAUUCUCUUUCUAUAUCGCGGCCAGCUGACUGAUAAAAAGGAUCAGGAAGACGAUGUCUUCCUGGAGUGUGCUCAAGCAGCUGCAAGUAUCUGCCAAGGCUGCAAACGCCUGUACAUUGGAAAACCGAUCAAUUACACGUGGUCAACGCUACACCUUCUCUUUUUGGCGGGUUUAACCUACAUGCACUGCCUUUGGACCUCUUCAGCCGUUCGAAGAUCAGUUAGAGUCGACAACGUUAGCACCAUCUUCACGACUUGUACAAUGCUCUUGGCCAUCAUGGCGGAACGCUGGGAGGCUGCAGCACCAUACCGAAACCUGUUUGAAGCGCUGUCUGCUAGAACCAUGGCAAUGGUGGUAGAUCGGAAUCAAGUCGACAGACCAGUCUUUCAGCCAUCCUCUUUGGACUCCAACGAACCGAAUAUGGAAGACAUGACAAAUUGGGCGUCUCAAAUUGCCGAUGACAAUAUGCCUGAUGCAUUCGGGAGCCUUCUAAGUGGAAUCAUGGGUGACUUCGGCACAGAAGAGGAAGCAAGCGGGUUUUAUGAUAGUCUCUGGAACUUUUGA